AUGCCUAAACCCAUACAAGACGCCCUCAGUGAAGUGAUGGGAUUGUACACUAAGACUGAAGAAGACUUUGAUGCACAUUGCAAUCAUCAUGUGACCAAGUGGAUUAAUAACAAGAAGGAAACAGACUCCAAGAAGCAGGAACUUGAGCUGGCCACUAUGAAGUUGCAACUACAUAAACUCCAAGAAGAGGUCAAGGACAAGAAGAAGGAGAAAACCUCUCGACUGAUGACUGUACAACAAGACUCUGCUGAUGGGGAUCACACAACCACCACAAACAUUUUCGCCAACAGCAAUAUACGCUCGCAGUUUCUCUAA